UGCUCAAUGUGAAACCCCGGAAGUUGAAGUGCCGGGAAUUCCCGCCGGCUCGGAAGCCGGGCUGGAGGAUGCUGAUCGGAGCACUGACCGUUUGCUGCCUGUUGUUCGUUGUCUGCGGAUUGCCCGCUGUCUGCUGCUCCCAGGGGGACCGGGAGCCCUAUUACCGCAACUGUGUGUGGCUGUGCGAGCGGCAAAACUGUACCGGCGCCGGGCUCCGGGCCUUCAGCAAACUACAGCCUUUCCACAUGAGCGCGACAGGCUGGACCUGUGCUGACGACUGUAAGUACAACUGUAUGUGGGCAACAGUGGGACUGUACAUUAAAGAAGGACACAACGUGCCUCAGUUUCACGGCAAGUGGCCCUUCUACCGAUUCCUCUUUUUCCAGGAGCCUGCCUCAGCUGUUGCCUCCAUGCUGAAUGGAUUGGCCAACUAUGUCAUGUUGGGCAGGUACCGGGCAGCUGUGCCUUUCGAGUCUCCUAUGUACCGUACAUGCAUCUCCUUCGCCAUGGUCACCCUUAAUGCCUGGGUUUGGUCCACAGUCUUCCACACGCGUGACACCCUGCUAACUGAGAAAAUGGAUUACUUCUGUGCUUCAUCAGUGGUGCUGUACUCCAUCUACCUGUGCUGUGUCCGGACCCUGGGUUUGACUCACCCCUGGACAUCCAGUCUUUUUGGGGCCCUACUCAUCAUAUUGUUCGCCUGUCACAUCUGGUACCUCACCUAUGUGCAUUUUGACUAUGGGUACAACAUGGCUGCCAACGUUUUGAUAGGGUUGAUUAACCUACUGUGGUGGCUCAGCUGGUGCCUGUGGAACCGAGCUCACUGCCCCUAUGUGUGGAAGUGUAUGAUUGUUGUGGUAAUGCUGCAUGGACUGGCUUUACUUGAACUCCUGGACUUCCCUCCGUUGCUGUGGGUAUUUGAUGCUCACGCUGUCUGGCAUUUCAGCACCAUCCCUGUGCCAUUCCUCUUUUACAGCUUUCUCAUUGAUGACAGCCUGCAUCUUCUCAAUGUGAAAACAGAAUAACUAGGUGCCAGUGAGUUGCCGCAUCCAGUGACUGCAAUGUGAAUGUAUGCGAUGCUGACAUGGUGGCUGAUCAUCUCAACACUUACCCACAUGUACUCGGCACUUCUAACAUCAUAAAUUCAUUCCACAUGUGUUCCACACUGACACAAAGAGCCAGCUGGUUAAUACAUGGCACUGGGAUUUAAUCCAGGGUCAGAACUCAUGAGGAGUAAAAAUUUGUGGGGAAAAAGCGGGUGAGUGGGACUAGGUGAGUUGCAGUUUUUUUUAAUUCUUCCAUGGGAUGUAGGUGUCGCUGGCUGGGCCAGCAUUUAUUGCCCAUCUCUAAUUCCCCUUGAG